AUGGAUUCUGCUACAGAAAAAUCGCACAAGCGGAAAAGAAAGCAACUCAAAGCUGCAGUUGUAGAGACUGAGCCCGAGGUUACAGAAGCCACCACAAAGACGAAAGCGCCUCGAACAAAAAUCCCAAAAGAACUACGAGAGAAGAGCAAGAAGAGAAGGAAGACGGCACACAGCAGCGAGGACGAAGAUGAAGAAUUAGGCCAGGGACAAGAAGAUUUGGACGUCGAACAACCUGCUGCGAAUGGCGAGCCUAUUCAAUCAGCAGACCGCCAAUCCGACGAGGAUGAGGAUGAAGACGACGGUGCAGGACCUGAAUUGGAGGUCACGCUAAACACAAUAAAUGGAUCAAAAGAGAUCAAUACAAAUGGUCUACCCACUGAUGCAGAGCCAUCAUUACCGGGCGCAGAUGCGAGACCGCAGAAGUUUUCUGAACUCAACCUCUCAGAGAAGACAAUGAAGGCAAUAGCGGAGAUGAAAUUCGAGACGAUGACCGAGAUCCAGCAGCGAGGUAUCCCUCCUUUAAUGGCAGGCCGAGAUGUACUAGGUGCGGCCAAGACAGGAUCUGGAAAGACCCUUGCAUUUCUCAUUCCAGCGGUGGAAAUGCUUUCUGCUCUUCGGUUUAAGCCACGCAAUGGCACAGGAGUGGUAGUCGUCUCGCCUACCAGGGAACUUGCACUCCAAAUCUUCGGUGUCGCACGAGAUCUUAUGCAAUUUCACAGCCAGACGUUUGGCAUAGUCAUUGGAGGAGCGAAUCGAAGCGCAGAGGCCGAAAAAUUGACCAAAGGUGUCAAUCUUCUCAUCGCCACUCCCGGACGAUUGCUCGACCACCUCCAAAACACCAAAGGGUUCAUUUACAAAAACACCAAAGCCCUUGUCAUUGACGAAGCAGACCGAAUCCUUGAAGUCGGGUUCGAGGACGAGAUGCGGCAAAUUGUCAAGAUCCUUCCCAAAGAAGACCGGCAAACUAUGCUUUUCUCGGCCACACAAACCACGAAAGUCGAGGAUCUCGCCCGAAUCUCCCUCCGCCCAGGACCACUAUACAUCAACGUAGACCACAAGAAGGAGCACAGCACCGUCGAAGGACUCGAACAAGGCUACGUGAUCUGCGAGAGCGACAAACGAUUUCUGCUACUGUUCUCGUUCCUGAAACGCAACCUGAAGAAAAAAGUCAUCGUCUUCAUGUCGAGCUGCAACUGCGUCAAGUACCACUCAGAACUACUCAACUACAUUGACCUGCCCGUGCUCGAGCUGCACGGCAACCUCAAGCAGCAGAAACGCACGAACACGUUCUUUGAAUUCUGCAACGCCACGCACGGCACCCUCGUUUGCACUGACGUCGCGGCCAGAGGCCUCGAUAUCCCCUCGGUCGACUGGAUCGUACAGUUCGACCCACCCGAUGAUCCGCGAGACUAUAUCCAUCGCGUGGGUCGAACGGCAAGAGGAUCGAAUGGGAAAGGCAGGAGCUUGAUGUUCCUGCAGCCCAAUGAAGUCGGAUUCCUCAGCCACCUGAAAGAGGCGCGUGUGCCGGUCGUCAAAUUCGACUUCCCCGCCAAAAAGCUCGUCAACAUCCAAAGCCAGCUGGAGAAACUCAUCACCCAGAACUACUAUUUGAACAAGUCCGCGAAAGACGGCUACCGCUCGUAUCUCCAAGCCUACGCCAGCCACAGCCUACGGUCGGUCUUCGACGUGAACAAGCUCGACCUCGUGAAAGUGGCCAAGAGCUUCGGGUUCGCGACUCCGCCGCGCGUCGACAUCCAGCUCGGCGCCAGCAUGCAGUCGCGCGACAAGAAGCAGGGCCGUCGCAGCUACGGCAGCCAGCCGAAGCACGGUGGACGCGGCGCGCACGGUUAUAGCGGUGGUGGUGGUGGUGGCAAGCGGAAUAGUUGGUCGUGA